GUCUUUGGCGAACGUUCCACAGUCGGCUGUGCUGCCAAACCAGCAGAGGGAAGCCAGCUUCCCAAGGGCCUGAUGGACGACUGCACGGUGUGGGUGCAAAAUUGCAACAAAACCCUGGCUUCUAGUCCGAAUGACACAGGAGAUUUUGCUCAUGCUGCUCGCCUCGCCUUUACGCCAUUCAGCGCCAUUCCAGCGCAUGCCAGCCAAGCGGCAAAAGUCAUGGAGAACCCUUGGGAUGUCACCUUGAUCCGGCAGCUUCUGUCCAGGCUGCCUAAACCGAUCAGUGCCUACUUCAACACUUUUGAAUGGGGAUCAAAUCUUCCAGUUGUCAGACCGAAGACUGAGCUCAAAUUGGAAUCCACCUCCUUCCAUGUUGACUGCUUGCUUGGAGAAGGAGCUUUCGCACAUAUCUAUCAAGCAUCCGUCCUGGAUAUGGACAAUGCAAAAAAUAAUCGUAAAGUAAUACUGAAGGCACAGAAGCCCACCAGCCCCUGGGAGUUCUACAUUGCAGCUCAGCUGUCGGAAAGGCUCAAGCCAAGCAUGUGCCAUCUUUUCAUCCACUUCUAUUCUGCUCACUUCUUCCGCAAUGGAAGUAUUUUAGUUGGGGAGCUCUACAGCUAUGGAACUCUGCUGAAUACCAUAAACAUAUACCAAAAGUUGACUGAGAAGGUGUUGCCCCAAGCGCUCGUCAUCUACUUCACCGUAAAAAUUCUGCACAUGGUCAAAGAGCUUCACAAGUGUGGCAUAAUUCAUGGCGACAUUAAACCUGACAACUUUAUUUUUGGUGAAAGGUUUUUGGACAAAGAGACAUGCGACGUAGACAGCAUGUGUCAUGGCUUGACAAUCAUUGAUUUUGGCCAAAGCAUAGACAUGAGCCUGUUUCCUGAAGGAACUGUAUUCACAGGAAAGUGUGAGACAUCUGGAUUUCAGUGUAUUGAAAUGAUGACACACAAGCCAUGGAAUUACCAGACAUUAUUUUGGCAUAGCUGCAAUGGUGUACUGUAUGCUGUUUGGCACAUAUAUGAAAGUGAAAAAUGA